GCAAAGGUGGGUGGAAGACAGAAACUUGCGGGAGACACUUGUGGUGGUUCUGCUCAGAAACAGAGAAACCAUUGUGCUCUGCGUACAUUAGGCCUCCUUGUUCCAACUAAAGACUGACAGAAGAAGAUUGCUUCGGUUUAGGAUGCGUUGUGUGUACUGCCUGGGCCUCCUUUUGGCCCUGCUGCAUCUGUCCUCCUCUCUGCUGCUGGGAGCCUUCAACAUCAAGUCAUACGGAGACAAUAAGGCCUCCAACACAACUGUGAUGAACCUCAUCAGCACGAUUGUCCAGCGCUAUGACAUCCUUCUGAUUCAGGAGGUCAGAGACAGUGAUCUGUCAGCCACCAAAAAACUCCUAGAGCAUGUAAAUAAAGGUUCUUCUCACUCCAGGUACAAUCACAUCGUCAGUGAGCCUCUGGGUCGCAGCUCCUAUAAGGAGCGGUAUCUCUUCCUCUACAGGGAGGAGACAGUGUCCGUUGUCAAAAACUACACCUACGACGAUGGAUGUGAACCCUGUGGGACAGACACCUUCAGCAGAGAACCUUUUGUCGUCAUGUUCUCCUCCACCAAGACUGCUUUGAGGAACUUCGUCCUGAUCCCACAGCACACCUCCCCAGAUUUUGCUUUGGAGGAGACGGAUGCUCUGUAUGAUGUGGUGUCUGAUGUCCGCACCCGCUGGAACACCAAUGACAUCGUGCUGCUGGGUGACUUUAACGCAGGCUGUAAUUAUGUCUCAGGCUCUGACUGGCAGAAGAUCCGUCUCUUCACUGACAAGAGUUUCCACUGGCUGAUCACUGAUGAGGCUGACACUACAGUGUCACACACUUACUGUCCUUAUGACAGGAUUGUGGUCACUGCUGACACGAUGAUGGGAGUAGUGCACGGCAGUGCUGAGGUGUACGACUUCAUGGUUGACUUGGACCUCAGCCUUAGUCUGGCUUUGGCCGUCAGUGACCAUUUCCCCGUGGAGGUGAGACUGUCUCCUGCAGCCUGAAUCCUGACCUAAACAAUCCUUCAACAGAUCCCUGACUGAAUCUACAUUUUGAGUAUUACAGUGGAGUAAUUCUUGCAAACUGUGAACAAAAAGCCAGUAAUAAACAAAUAUGACAAAGCAUCCCAUUAAAAAUGUUUUUUUUG